UGCCUGCUCACGGCUCAGCUUGGAGGACCCUUCUGUACUCCCUACAGCAGGUUGAAGCUUUGUGAGCUGGGUCAGGAGACCAACUAAGACCCUGAGUAGUGUGAGUCCAGUAGAGGCAUCCAACACUAUCAGUUCCUUCCAAUUAGAAUGGAGCUCACAGUUCAAGGGACAGUCCACCAGGGCAGAGAAAUCAAGGUGGCUGGAAGCAGUGGUCACAUGAAAUCACAAUGAGAAACAGAGUGAUACCUGCAUGAUGCUCCGCUCUUUAUGUCUACAGUCCAGGAUCCUGCCAGGGAAUGGUGCCACCCACUGUGGGCAGAUCUUUCCAUCCCAAUUAAGUUCCUGCAAAAACCCAGGCGUUUCGCUUAUCUCGAGUCAAGGGCAGGUGGGGGCUGGACUUGUGCCCAGGAGGGGCGCGCGCGAAGACCCGAUUGUGCCACUUUCCCGGGCACCGGACCGACGGCGGAGACCCGAUUGUGCCACUUUCCCGAGCACGAGAUCGACACUGGGCGUCGGCAGCCCCGCGGGGGAGGACACCUCCUUGCCCCUAGGCCGAGUCCCGUGCGCGCAUCCCGCGCUCGUACCCGCGGGGCGUCAACACAAAGGUCCCGCCAAGGCAGCUGCGAGGCUCUCAUCUCCCUCCCGGCUGGCCCAGGCCCGCGUUCCGGGCCGCGCGUCCAUUGGCCGGGAGCCCCAGGGGGCGUGGUCCCGCACUCUGCCCUACCCGACGGCCACGCCCCCUCCCCAGAUAUCUGCUUGUAGUCCGAGGCCAGCAGCUGGGACGACUCGAGCUCCUCCACUCAAACGUGUCGCCAGCAGGCCUUUUGGCAGUCUGUGACCCCACCGCCUCCUCUGGUUCCGGGUUCUGCCCUGUGUCUCCUGUAUCAGGUCAGCCAUGUCAUCUGAACCACCCCCGCCGCCGCCGCCACAGGCCCCGACGCCGCAUCAGACUAACGUCGGGCUAUUGGACACUCCUCGGGCCCGGGAUCGCUCUCCAUCCCCACUGCGAGGCAAUGUGGUCCCGAGUCCUCUGCCCACCCGCAGGACAAGGACCUUCUCAGCGACGGUGAGGGCUUCACAGGGCCCUGUCUACAAAGGAGUCUGUAAAUGUUUCUGCCGGUCCAAGGGCCACGGCUUCAUCACCCCGGCUGAUGGUGGCCCCGACAUCUUCCUUCACAUCUCUGAUGUGGAAGGGGAGUAUGUUCCAGUGGAGGGCGACGAGGUCACCUACAAGAUGUGCUCUAUCCCGCCCAAGAAUGAGAAACUGCAGGCUGUAGAGGUGGUCAUCACCCACCUGGCACCGGGCACCAAGCAUGAGACCUGGUCCGGGCAUGUCAUCAGCUCCUAGGGCCUGCGAGAACCCCUUCUCCUGGGCUUGAGGGAGACUUUGGGGGAGGAGGAGCAGGACACCCUGGAUAUAACACUCGGCCACACAAGAUGGGCCCUCAAGGCGGGCAUGGCCCCUUUCAAGCAUUUCCUGGAAGAAGGGAGUUGUGGGUAGGCAGGGGGUGCUCUCAGCCACUAGCACAGCCUCCAGCCAUUGCAACAAGCUCUCACUGUCUGAAAACAUUAAAAGCAUUUGAAAAAGA